AGGAAAGUAGACUGUAGUCUGUAGGGUGUAGACCUCGUUUUGCCGCUUUUGUACGUCAUCUGCAGUUGAUGAAAAGAAGCCAAAUUAACAAACCAAUUGAAACCCAAACGGAAACGGAAAUUGAAAGAAAUAGCGAAAGAAAGCAAGAGCGCACUGAACAGUAACUGAAGAGAAGAAGAAGAAGAAGAAGCGCAGAAUGGACAACAGAAACGUCGUCGUCUGCGACAACGGAACUGGGUAUGUGAAGUGCGGUUUCGCUGGGGAGAAUUUCCCCACGUCUGUUUUCCCUUGCGUGGUGGGAAGGCCAAUGCUUCGGUACGAAGAAUCGCUCACUGAGCAAUCGCUAAAGGAUAUUGUUGUUGGAGAAGGGUGUGCAAACUUGCGGCAUCAGCUUGAUAUAUCUUACCCAGUUAACAAUGGCAUCGUGCAAAACUGGGAUGAUAUGUGUCAUGUUUGGGAUCAUGCAUUUUACAAUGAAUUAAAGAUUAACCCGCCUGACUGUAAAAUUCUACUCACAGAUCCACCGCUUAAUCCCUCAAAGAAUCGUGAAAAAAUGAUUGAGAUGCUGUUUGAAAAGUACAAUUAUGCUGGAGCGUAUAUCUCAAUUCAAGCUGUUCUGACAUUAUAUGCUCAAGGUUUGUUGACUGGAUUAGUUAUUGACUCUGGUGAUGGUGUCACUCAUGUGGUUCCAGUUGUUGAUGGCUAUUCAUUCCCUCAUCUAACAAAGCGGAUGAAUGUAGCUGGCCGACACAUAACAUCCUAUCUUGUUGAUUUGCUUUCAAGAAGGGGGUAUGCACUGAAUAGGACUGCGGACUUUGAGACCGUUAGGGAAAUCAAGGAGAAACUAUGCUAUAUAAGUUAUGAUUACAAGAGGGAAUAUCAAUUGGGGCUUGAGACCACUAUCCUUGUCAAGAACUAUACGCUUCCAGACGGGCGGGUCAUUAAAGUGGGCACUGAAAGGUUCCAGGCUCCUGAGGCUCUUUUCACUCCGGAACUUAUAGAUGUUGAAGGUGAUGGAAUGGCUGACAUGGUCUUUAGAUGCAUUCAGGAAAUGGAUAUUGACAAUCGGAUGAUGCUUUACCAACACAUAGUUUUAAGUGGAGGGAGCACCAUGUAUCCUGGAUUACCAAGCCGAUUGGAAAAGGAAAUACUUGAUCGUUAUCUUGAUGUUGUUCUGAAGGGUAACAAAGAUGGAUUGAAGAAAUUGCGAUUAAGAAUUGAGGAUCCACCGCGUAGAAAGCACAUGGUGUACCUUGGAGGUGCUGUACUAGCAGGGAUAAUGAAGGAUUCCAACGAUUUUUGGAUCGAAAGGGAACAUUAUCUAGAAGAAGGAGUUGCUUGUCUAAGUAGGUUAGGCCAUUAAGGUCUGCGAGACCACACUGAAUGUGGGAGAUCACUUGUUGAGAAGCAAAAGCACAAAAGAGGCCAUGUGAUGUAAAAAAUAUUCAAAGCUCUUAAAACUGCUUCCUCUAAUAGAUUUGCAUUUGAUUGGGUUUUGGCCUUGUAUAGGUUCCCCAAUGCUAUAUUGGAGGCCUAGCUGUUAUAGUGCAGUUUGCAAUCAUGUUUCUUAAUAGGUAAGACAAGAAGAAACCCAUGCAUCCUGUUAUCUUUUCCAACAAGAUUUGUAAUUUUCUUAAAGUAAGGAAUACACGUCGUCUGUAAAUUUUUUAAAAUUGUAUAAUUUCAUUCAUACUUUGUUGAGAGAGAUUGUAAUACACUAAUACACAUCUAUGAAUGUCGGCAAUUGGCAAUUUAAUCGGUUACAUAAUCCAUCAAAGGAAAUUGUUGUU